AUGGCCAACGUGCUGGUAAAGGUUCUAAGCGGGAUACCAGGCGGACAGACUGAGGCGAAGCGGAGCCGCGGUGUCCGGAUAAGGCCGAGGCCACGGGAGGUACAGGCCGAGGACCUGGCCGACGUGCUGCGGGGCCUCGAAGAGGAGUUCGAGGCGGGCGAGAGGCUGGCCGACGAGCGGGCGUGGUGCGCGCCGGUGCCGCGCGAAAGGGAGGUCAGGACGGUGCAGAGGUUCUACCGGGCGUUCCACGACGCCGGCACGCUACCGAUCGCCACAUGCACGCUCUGCUACCGGAAGCAGGCCAGGGUCGAGCUCAGGGAGAUGGCGUGGGAGGGCUGGUCGCGGAGCGGCGCGGCACAGGCAGGCGAGCGGACCCCGUUCGGCUGCCGCAGCUGUUUCCCCGAGGGCACGCCGGUGGCGGUGUGCGCCGAGUGCGCGCGGCAGGUCGGGCGCGACGGCGCAUCGGCGGCGAUGCAUCUCCACCGGCGGCUCGGCUGCGAGCACGCGUAUCCCGACGAGCUCAAGGACCUGACGCCGGUCGAGGAGAAGCUGAUCGCGCUCAGCUCGUGCUACGGCUUCGUGACCAAGUAUAGCAUCCCCGGCGGCCAGAGGCAGAGCGUGAGGUACCCGAGGCACGUCAAGGGCCACAUCACGGUAUUCCCCAACGACGUCCAGGGGCUCGCGACCAAGGUGCUCCCGCACCCACUACUCCGGGUCAUGGACGAGAUCCACGUCUCAUGGCAGGGCGCCGAGAGGCCCGGGCCGCGGGACCUAUCGGGCCUGCUGUCUGUGCGGCGGCGGGCGGUCGAGAGGGCGCUGGCCUGGCUCAAGGAGAACAACCCGCUAUACGGCGAGGUCGAGAUCGACACGGCCGAGAUGGACAGCUGGGGCGAGCCAGCGCACGGGGUGCCGGCGGCGGUGCUAGAGCGGCUCGAGCGGGACGAGCCGUCGGCGCGGGAGAGGACGCGGACGGCGCACGUGGUGCCGCCGACGGAGCGGGCCCUCGACGACGAGGGCGCCGUCGGGAUCGAAGAGGUGCUCGCGAUGCUAAGGCAGGGCCGGGACCCCGCAGAGGGCAGAGGCGACGUCGCGCUCACACGAGAGGGCGAGGGUAGCGGCGAGAACGCAGAAGACGCUAGGCCCGAAGAGGAUGGGGACAUCAUUAAUGAGGUAACGUCGUCGAGCAUGUUCCCCCUCGACGGGGCGCCCGAGGUGGCGGACACGGAUAAGAUCCGCUUCGCCCGCGAAGCUAUCGGGACCAAUAUAGGCCCGAGGACAUGGGUUAAGACGGCGACGGGAGCGGCGGCGGGGAGCGGCGGCGACGGCGGCGACAGCGAGCCCUACAUACAGGUGCGGCGCGGGGACGAAUUUGCCGACUCGGCAGACGCGUCCUUCUUCGCCAAGGCCUUCCCGACCCUCUUCCCCUUCGGGCUAGGCGGCCCGAGGCUCGCCGACGAGGCCGGCGCGGGCGAUGGCACGGCCCCCAGCGGCGCCGGAUCACGGGGCGCCGAGGCGGAGCGGGUCGCCGAGGGCCUCACGUCGACGCGGAACAUGAGGCUAAGGGCAUGGGCCGACAUCGUGCUGCGGCGCCACGGCGGCCGGUUCGCAACACAUCCCAUCUUCGCCUUCCUGGUCUUUAAUAUGAGCGUGCGAUCUAGGAACCGCCAGGCCAGCAUGCUAGGCAUGACAAGGAAGAACUUCCCAAAGGUCGAGAGCCUGCUAAAGUCGCUAACGGCGCAGAGACUCGAGGCGGCGAGGGUCGAGCUCGAAGCUACGGUGAAGCUACGGCUAGCGGCGCACCGCGGCCGCGACCCCGACGUGGCCGAGGCCUUCCUAAGAGACCUAGGGACCGCGUAUAAGCGGACACAGCUGGCCAUCUCGGACCCGAUGAGCUCGGCCGUCUUUUUCCACCGGGAAAUGACGCUCUUCUUCGAACACUACGUUAGGACCGGGGAGGAGUCGGUGUUCGGGCACGUCGGGGCCUACUACGGGGCCGUGGAGACCAACGAGCGAGGGGCCCUCCACGUCCACGGGCUCCUCUGGCUCAAGGGCAACAGGGGCCUCGGCGAGGCGAUCGCGGGCGCCGACAGGGGAGAGCAGGCGGCGUACCGGGAGCGGAUCGUCCGAUAUAUAGAUAGCGUCUUCUCCGAGGAGCUAGACGCAGAGGCUUACUGCGCGGUUCAGGCGGAGCGGUCGGCUACGGCAGAUAUAUCGUCGCGGCUCGACGACGUUGCCCGCUUCAUGGACACCUUCGAUGAGGAGGCCAACUUCUGCGCGGGCGCGACGCAGGUCCACACGCAUAGCGCGACCUGCGUAAAGUACUCCCUCGGGGGCGGCGCGCGCAAGGGGGACCUCUGCCGGUUCAAGGCGCCAUGGAGGCUGGUGGAGAGGACGGCGUUGACGGCGGACGGGGUGCUCGAGGUCCGGCGGACGCAUAGCAUGGUGAACCGGUGGAACAGGGCGAUGGCGGUCGGGCUGCGGCAUAACCACGACAUAUCGUUCAUCGCGACCCAGCGCAAGACCAUGGCCCUGAUCUACUACAUCACCAACUAUGCGACAAAGGUCGAGGACCCUAUAUGGAAGCGGGUAGCCGCCGCUGCCGAGCUGCUGCCUACGUUAGAGCCGACGGCAGAGAGCGAUGAUACUAGCACUGACCGCGACGCCGGCCAGGGGACCGGGUCUAGAGAUGAGGUAGCGGCGGACCCAGUACAGGAAAACAAGACUCGGGUAUUCCUACUAAAGGCAGCGAAUCGAGUCUUUACAGAGCGGUCGCUAUCGCAGGUCGAGGUAAUAGCGCACCUUCUAGGGUACCCGGCCGAAUUUAGCAACGGCGCAGCGUGGGCAUAUAUAAACGUGAACCAGCUCUACUGGGCCGUCUUCCGCCGGUGGCAACACCUCCGACAGGUAAGCGGCGCGGGGGCGAUGGGCGACGCGCCGGACGAGACGGCGCUUAGGCGGCCGGCCAAGUGGGCGAUCGUAUGCCUCGACGGAUACGUGAGUAAGGAUUUUAGCGAGGAAGACGAGGACCCUUAUUACCAGAGGGCAGCGGUACAGCACCUCGCGCUCUUCGUGCCGUGGGGGACGUUUCUUAGCGAGGAAGCGGGCGAUAUUAAUGGUAUCUGGGCGCGGGCGCGGGGGCUGCUAACACCGAGGGUUGGCCGGCUGGCGGAGAACGUGCAGCUCCUUCGGAGGUCGGCGGAGGACGCGAAGCGCGACGCCAAGCAGUGGGCCGCCACGUCCGAGGAAGGCGAGUUGACGGCGGCGCGGGCGGAAAGGGAGGGCGGCGAGGCUGCCGAGGACGGCGAGGGGGCGUACCGCGCCGGUGGGGCAGGCGACACGGCCCGGCUCAUCGACGUCGUCCGUCACGCCGCCGCCGCUGGACAGGUGACGGCGCAGUCGACGGAGCUGCUGGCGAUGGCGCGGCAGCUCUGCCGGUUCCAGCAGUCGGCGCUCGGGUCGGCGGCCGAGCUCGCGGCAACGGUAGUAGGAGAGGAGAGGGUACGUAGACGCGUGGACCUAGAGGGCUCGGAGCUCUCAGGGGCGGCGCUACCGCGGCAGGAAGAGCUACGGGCCGUCAAGUCGCAGCAAAGGAGCGCCGCGCGGGAGCGGGAGCAGGCGAUCCAGGGCAUCCAGGGUGGCAGGGCAACCGUAGGCGCCGGGGCUGACCGCGACGCGGCGCUGCGUGGGGUUAUGGGGGGCUUCGGCGAGGACGACCUGGACGUGACGGCGGCCGACGGCGACCUGGAGGCAGCCCCGGCGGCGAGGAUGCGCGUACGGCUUGGCCCAUCGAGCUCGUUCGUCGCCGCCGGCCAGGAGCUAGCCAAGGAGCUGACGCUAAACGAGAAGCAGUCAAUCGCCCUCCUCGUCGUCUGCCGGCAGCUCGACCGGGUCCGGCGGGCCGAAGUAGCAGGCGACGACGGCGAUGGCCAGCUCUGCCUGUUUAUCGGCGGCGAGGGCGGCACCGGCAAGUCACGCGUCAUCGAGGCGCUGAUGGAGCUACUCAGCCGAAGGGACCUAUCGAGCCAGAUGCUCGUCACGGCAACGUCAGGCACAGCAGCAGCGCGAAUCAACGGCAUCACGCUACACUCGGCCUGCGGCCUCACGGUUGGCCAGGCGGGAGGGCUAACGAGGGAGCUAGACGGGGUGCGGCUGCCGGGCGCGGGCGAGCGCUUCGUCGACGGUCGGUCGCGUAUGGACUGGCGGGAGAAGGAGGUGCUGGUGGUCGACGAGGUCAGCAUGCUCGGCGCGCGCACGCUACACGCCGCAAACGAGCGGCUCUGCCGGCUACGGGGGUCGGCGCGGGACUUCGGCGGUAUCCCGGUGGUGAUCUUCUGCGGCGACUUUCACCAGUUCCGGCCGGUGCAGGAGCGGCGGCGGCAGCACGACAAGGCACACGCGCUAUGGCGUCGCUUCACGACGGUCGUCAUGCUCGACGAGCAGAUGCGGGCCGCCGGCGACCCCGAGCUGCAGCGGCUGCUCGGGCGGAUCCGGCGCGGCGAGCAGGACCGGUCGGACAUGGAGCUGCUCAACUCGAGGUGCCACCGGCCCGGCAGGCGGAUCGCGUGGGAGACGGGGGUGACGGUGGUGACGCCGCUCAACCGUAACCGCUGGAACCUUAACCUCGAGGCGGCGCUCGCGUUCCGGGCCCAGCAGCGGACGGCGGCGCGCGUCUUCCUCUCCGAGCAUAAGUGGAAGGGGGGCGAGCCGAGCGAGGAGGAGGCGGUGCUGAUGCUCGGCCAGGGCGACGACAGCGCGACGGCGGUGCCGGCCGUCUUCCUCUUCGUGCCCGGGAUGCCGGUCGUAGUAAACCAGAACACGCACCAGGGGCUAAAGGUGGUGAACGGCGCCGGGUAUACGGCGGUGGCAGUGAUCCCAGACCGCGCCUUUCCUGGCCACCAGGUCUCGGCGGAGCUAACAGUGCACUUCGGGCCGCCGGCGGGCCUGGUGUUGGCGUCGGAGACGACCAAGGACUUCCACUUCGUCGGGAUGCCGGCGGGGACGAUCCUGCUAACGCCCAUUAGCGUGAAGAUCACGGCGCAGCGGAAGCGGUCGUGGCAGCGCAACGACGUUAGCCGGCGGGGCCUACCGUGCGCCGCGGCCUUCGCCUGCACCGACUACAAGGUGCAGGGCGGGACGAUCGAGCGCGUCGCGCUCGAGCUGCGGGGGGCGAGGACGGCGACGGUCGAGGGCAGGGCGGUGGCGUCGCCGUGCGACCCGUACAGCCUCUACGUGCAGCUCUCGCGGUGCCCGACGCUCGACGGCAUCACGCUCGUUUCGGAGGUGCGGGAGCGGGACUUUAUAGGGAACCGGGUGCCAGAGGAGAUGACGGCGGCGCAGGCGCGGCUAGAGGAGCUAAGUGGGCGGACGAUACGGGAAGCAGGUAGCCUGCUCCGUAGCCAAGGGUAG